AUGGACUCGCAAGAAACCAGGCGAGUCGUGCAAAAGCAAGAGCGCCAGAAUUUCUGGGACCGUCUACUAAACCAGUACGAUCUGCUGGAGCUAGUCCUCGACCUUUGCAGUCCUGCAUCACUCUUCAACCUCGCCAAAACAUGCCACUCAUAUCAUGCAGCCCUCAAGCCGCACUAUCAGCUGCUCUGGGACAUCAACCGGCAUCUGAAGAGAUACUUCUCGAAUCCGAUAGCCUUCCGCAAUUUGCAAGCACGGACAGCUACCUUAAUAUCCGGCUCCAGCGCCCUUCAAUUCCUCGACCGCACUAUUUAUGAUGGGUCAGACUUGGAUCUCUACGUGUACGAUGAUAUGUUGAAGGAAGUCUGCGAAUGGAUUAUGAGUGACGGAUACGUGUUUGUUCCGAGACCUGGCCAGCAACGUGAUCUCGAUGUAGCGGUGCUACGAUACCGAGAUCCAGUGCGUGCUACUUAUCCAUCUCAUAUCGAAAUCUACGAUAUGCCAGGAAUUGUCAAUAUCAUUGAUCUCGUCAGACCAGAGGGUGGUCCGAAGAUUCAUAUUAUCGCCGCAGACAAGACCCCCAUGCAAGUCAUCCUCGGCUUCCACUCUACAUGUGUCAUGAAUGUCAUUAGCUUCGAAAAGGCUUAUUCGCUCUACCCGAUGGCAACAUUUGAGAAACGCUGUUCACUAGCCUGCGCAAGGGAAGGGCCAAUUAUAAACACGGCAGUGGAGCUUGCGCGCUGCAAGUACAUGUUACGGGGAUGGUCUACUCUCCGACACGUACCACAGCAAGAGCAGGAUGAUAUCCACUCUCCGUUUUCGACCUGUCUUCGAUCGAUUGCUGACCGCUUUUCUUGGGUGCUACCCUUGGACACUACCGGGGUCUCAAACGAGAAUAGGCUGACGCAUGUCCCUGGCUUGUCGAAUGACCCUGUGCACGCAACUAGUUGGCAACUCGGGUACGGAGCUGGCAGUAGGGAGCUGACUGUCGUAUACAGCAUCCUUGCCUUUCCCUAUUUGCGCUAUGCGUACGCAUUAUCCAGGGUUCGGACUCUGGCAGAAUGCUGCUUCAGGCUUAUGCAGGUAUCGUCCGUCAGGGAGCCCCGUCGCACGUUCGGGUCAGAAUAG